AUGUCGAACACGCCGAACCCGCUCUUCAAGUUCAGCCGCGAAGGCUUCUCCGUACGCGUCAACAACAUCGCCGAUGCAGUGUCGCGCCGAGAGAUUCUGGACUUGUUCAACAACUUGAUUGGAGACAUCGUUAGAUGCGAAGAGAUGUACGACAGAGGUCGCAGAUACUAUCUCCUGACCUUCUCUACCCAGGACUCCGCCAAGAAGGCGCUGUGUAUGACAGGCUACAACGUCGACGGAGUGCCUCUAUCUGUCGUUGGCAUGCCAUUGUCGGAUGUUCCUCGCUCCGGAAGGGGUCCGAAACAACCUGACACUCGGAGGAACUUGUACGUACUCGGCCUUCCUUUCGACCUCACCAAAACGGAGUUCGCUGAGAUUUUCGGCCGGUUCGGGGCCGUCGCUCAUGCGGUCAUUCUGGCCACUGUCGACAAUGCAUCCAGACGCCGUGGGUUCAUCGUCAUGGCUCGUCAUCAUGACGCCAAGGUUGCGAUGGAAGGGCUUAACCGCAAGGACAUCAAGGGCCACAUUAUCGAUGUCUCCUGGGCCGUGGUGCAACGCUCUGAUGGUUUCCUCGACGGCGGGGACCGUGCCACUGUCCUCUCGACCACGUCGCCUUCAGGAUCACCCACUCCCUUCGAGAUGGGCCCUAUCAGCCCGACACUUCCUGAAAUACAGAUGCCCAUCGUCGUCACUCCGCCCUCUGAAUACCCUCCCACCGGAAACUAUGCUAUGACCUCAUCUUCGCUCAUGAUCAAGAACUUGCCUGCCGUUCUCUUCUCGCAGCUGUCCGAUCUGCACCCUCUCCUAGGACCCUAUGGCGACAUCAAGAAACUAGAGAUACUGCCUGCUGCACCUGGCGACCGGGCUCAUGUGUCGGCUAUCGUGGAAUAUGCCACUUCUACUCAGGCCACGGACGCUGCGAACGGCCUGAACGGACAAGCAUACUCUGUUCCUCCUCUCAGUGUUGAAUUCGUUCGCACCAGCUCUGCUCAGGGCGACGCCGACGGCAAACCUGGUCUCAAUCCUCGUGCCGUGCCUUUCGCUGUACGGACUGGGCAUGCUCACCUCGGUCUCCGUAAUUCUGUGUCGCCUAUGUAUCCUGGUUCUGGUUAUUCUGAGGCUGGUCUUGCUGCGCUUGGGAAGAGCGGUCUGCUCUCCUCCGACCCUCGAUCUAUGUCAUCGUCGUACGGGACCCCCCUCCUCUAUGUUCCUUACAACAACGUACGCCCGAGCUCUGCUCCGACCACGUCUGUACACCCUCAAUUUCUUCCAAUGUUUAUGUGCUGA